AUGUCUUUCUUCGAGAAUAACGCUACAAACACUGCGCUGGAGUCCAGGGUUGGGUGGCCAGUCGUCGAUCGUCUACUCGGAGGAGCCUACACCAAGCCAGAGGCGUGGAACUGGCAAGUGGUGACUAGAUGCCUUGUGACUAUUAUCCUGUGCAGAUUCAUCGCCGUAUGGAGCUACAACCUGUGGUUUCAUCCUCUCGCCAGGUUCCCAGGGCCUUUCCUGGGUCGCUGCUCUCUCUUCUAUCGUUUCCAACAUAGCUCUCGAGGAAGAAUUCAUUCUACAGUGGCAGACGCCCAUAAGAAAUACGGAGAUAUCGUUCGCAUUGCGCCCAAUGAGCUCUCGUUCGCCAGCGUUGAGAGCUGGAAGGCCAUAUACGGCCACCCUACAGCGGGCAAGCAGAUUCCACCAAAGGGUCCCUUUUACGAGGUCUUUGCUGCCGGUUUCAGCAGCAAAUGUGUCGGCAGCGAGCGCGACCCGAAGAAGCACUCUGCGAUGCGCAAGAUGCUGAAUCCAGCCUUCUCACAACGUGGGCUCCUCGAGCAGGAAGAGAUCAUCUCCGGAAUUAAUGACAAGUUCGUCAAAAUCGUGGGCGAAAAGGCGGGCCCCGGCACCAAGGGGUUGAACAUGACAAAGUGGUAUGAAAUGAACUCCUUUGAUAUCCUGGGCGAGAUGGCCUUUGGGGAAAGCUUCCAUAGUCUGGAUACCGGCACACCACACUUCUGGGCAGACAUCGUCCUCGAACAUCUCUAUAUCAUUACACUGUUCGACAAUUUGCGGCGAAUUGGCUGGCUAGCCACGCUUGCUGGUCUGCUUAUCCCUGCUUCGCUCCUCACCAGAAACCAGAACUCGAAUUACAGCCGCCAACAGGUCGAGAAGCGUCUCAAGAUCCAAGAGUCCCGCAAUGAUUUCGUUAGUCUGCUCGUCGACAAGGUCCGAGCUGGAAAGGUCUCCAAGGAGGAGAUGACGGCUCAUGUCUCAACCCUUACGAUUGCUGGUGGAGAGACCGUGGCGACUACUUUGAGCGGCCUGACGUGUUUCCUCGCUCAGAGCCCGGAGAAGCUUAAGCGGCUUACCGACGAGAUUCGCGCUGCUUUCAGUCAUUACGAGGAGAUUAACGCAGUCAAAGCCCAGCAGCUACCAUACUUGCAAGCCGUCAUUCACGAGGGUCUAAGGCUGUUUCCUCCCGCUUCUGGAGGUGCGCCCAGGGUCUCGCCUGGCUUUGAACUGCAUGGCAAGUACAUUCCCGAGGGCACUGAGGUGAAUGUCAGUCCUUGGUCCAUUUGCCACAGCCCGAAAUAUUUUUCGGACCCCUGGCAAUUUAAACCGGAGCGCUGGUUGGAUCCAAACUCCACGGACAUUAAGGAUGCCAGUCGCCCAUUUCUACUGGGGCCCCGAGACUGUCUGGGACGAAACUUUGCCUGGAUGGAGCUGAACCUGGUGCUGGUUAAGCUUCUGUGGUCGUACGACAUGGAGUUGGUGAACAAGAAUAUUAACUUCUUGGAGCAGAGCACGGUACACGUUCUGUGGUGGAAGCCGGGAUUGUUUGUCAGGUGGCAUAAGAAACCAUCUCUUGUUUAGUCUGCUUAACUUCUCAGACUUCCUUGGCCAGGAGAUGGAUAAAGAUAG